GCGGGAGCCGCUGGGGAAGGAGGAAGCGCAGGCCGGCGACGAUCGUGGUGGGGCUCAGAGGUUGCCGGCCAUGGCUGCAGGAGGCCUGGGCUUGGGGUCCGAACCCCUGUCCCCCUUCACGGCCUCCGUGCCCCUGGCUGCGCUCAACGUGAGAGUGCGGCGCCGCCUAUCGCUGUUCCUGAACGUACGGACGCUGGUGGCGGCGGACUGGACAGCGCUGGCCGAGGAGCUAGGUUUCGAGUACUUGGAGAUCCGGCAGCUGGAGGCGCACGCCGACCCCACGGGCCGCCUGCUGGAUGCAUGGGAGGGACGUCAGGGGGCCUCGGUGGGCCGCCUGCUUGAGCUGCUCGCCAAGCUGGACCGCGAGGACGUGCUGAACGAGCUGGGGCCCAAAAUCGAGGAGGACUGCCGGAAGUAUAUUCUGAAGCAGCAGCAGGAAGAGUCUGAGAAGCCCUUACAGGUGGCUGCAGUAGACAGCAGCGUCCCACGGACGGCAGAGCUGGCAGGCAUCACCACUCUUGAUGAUCCCCUGGGGCAAAUGCCCGAGCGUUUUGAUGCUUUCAUCUGCUACUGCCCCAGCGACAUCCAGUUUGUGCAGGAGAUGAUCCAACAACUGGAGCAGACAAACUAUCGGCUGAAGUUGUGCGUGUCCGACCGUGAUGUCCUGCCUGGCACCUGUGUCUGGUCCAUUGCCAGCGAGCUCAUUGAGAAGAGGUGCCGCCGGAUGGUGGUGGUUGUCUCUGAUGAUUACCUGCAAAGUAAGGAAUGCGACUUCCAGACCAAGUUUGCACUCAGCCUCUCUCCAGGUGCCCAUCAAAAGCGGUUGAUCCCAAUCAAGUACAAAGCAAUGAAGAAGGAGUUCCCCAGCAUCCUGCGGUUCAUCACCAUCUGCGACUACACCAACCCCUGCACCAAGUCCUGGUUCUGGACCCGCCUCGCCAAGGCCCUGUCCCUGCCUUGAAAACUUACCCUUGGACCCUGGGUAUGCACAUGUGUGUCUGUUCAUGUACUUCUGUCCCUGCCUCCUCCUGUAGCCGAAGGGGGGAAAUCUGUGCGCCAUUUGCCUCUUGAUUCCUGGAGAUGCCAAUGCCUCAGACACAUCUGCAGUCUCAGCAGCUGCUCUUGUCAAGUGGGCAUCACAUCUCGUGCCCUGCAUGUAACUGAUGGCUGUGAGUGGCACGUCUACAUGCUGGGUUCUCAGCCAGAAUAGCAGGGAGCAGGGCCAGUUGGGACCAAGACAAGGACCAGAGGAGCCAGAUCUGACCCGUCCAUGCAUCUUAGGCCUUAGUUUCCCCAACGGAGAACUAAGUAGGAUGGAGGAGACCAGGCAAUGGCUAUGUUUGAAUGUAUAGGAAAUGGUGGAGCAUUUCUCUGGGUCUCUUGGGGGAGACACUUUCACUGAGGAAGAGCUGGGGCCAUGGCACUGCAGGGUGCUGCUUCCAUGGUGAUGCCUCUUCCUGCUGCAGUACCUCGAUGCAUACCUCACAUCCCUUUGCCUCCCGGUAGUGGGGAUGCCUGCUGGAGUAUGUGGGGAAGCAGGCAGGCUGGUCCAGCUCAGAGAGAUCCCCCUUGAGCCUGAUUCCCCACCCAGCCACCUCUCAUCUGCCUUGCUGAACCCUCCAGCAGCAAUGAGUUCCCAAGCUGGGGCUGCUUCUCACUUCCAUGUAUCAAGAUGCCUGCGGUCAUGCUCUCCACUCUGCCUGGCAUGUCCAUCAACAACGGCUUCUGAGGCUGGGUCCCCAUGAUGAUGUGAUCAGGAAACCUUCCUCCCUGGACCACCCACAGGGAGCUUCCACACAACUUUCUGUACCAUGGUUGCCUUAUGGAGUUGUUUACUGGGGCCAGUUUACAAACACAAGAGCCUCAUGCCCCAAGGCGUGUGGGCUCAUGGACACAUACAGACUCCAAUGCACAGACACAUAUGUGCACACACCUGCGCACUCUCGCUCACUUCCCUCCCCCUGUCUCCAACACACACACACCCACAUUUCCCUAGGUACAGCUCCCAGGAGCUGCUGGGGAAAAUGUCCCCCCAUUGAGGGGCCCAGCUAUCCCCCUGGACAAAGAUUGGGCCCUCCUGUAUUCCUUCUCUCUUUCGGGGUAAUAUCCUCUCCUCUCGUUUUCCGCAACUUAUUGACACCAAACUUUGGAAAGGACCCAAUGUGCUAGCAUUUUUACCUUCACUGAAGCACAGAGAGAGGAAGAAACCUGUUUGGAGUCACUCCACAAGUUAGCUGCAGGCACAGCUGACUGUGUUCCCUCUCCCAGGGGGAUGUGUAUAUUACCCUCAAGCUCUCCUUUAAGGAGAAAAUGUCAUGGUCUCAGGUCUCUGUGCCCCAGAUCAGAUCCUAAAUACAAUAGGAAAUGCCUUUCUUCUGUGAUGUAUCUCCACCAGGCUAGGCAAGGAGCCUUCCCUCAGGAUCUCCGGAGGGAACUGAGGACCCUCUGAGCGUGGAGGAUUUAGAAACACUUCCUGAUCUUGAUAAAGCACUUAGCUGCUGUGUCCCCACCCCCUUUGAUAUUGGGAGGUAUUUUUAAGCAAUUUUGAGGAAGCAUCUACCACACCUAUUUUGUAUGCAUUGUGAGAAUUUCAAAGAGAGCUGAGAAAUGCCUGUGUUUGUCCUUCCUCCUUCAGUUUCCUGGGUUUACAAUAAAUAAAAAGUUCUCUGCUUCA